AUGACUGAGUCUAAAAAGUCAUCAGGUGAAACUUAUUACACUCCUUCAGAGGUGACAGCAAAGGUGAACAAACUAGUUCUAGAUGUUAUUACUAAAGCUGAAAUGGUACUUAAGCAACUUCCACAGCAUGGAGCCCAAGUGAUGGUGACUAUGAAAGGUGCAAAGCAUGUUCAAGGUUCAGAAGAACACUGCAUGCCACAUUUGAACCAGAGUUUGUCAAUGAAAUCACUGAAAGAUGCUGGAAAGAUGAAGAAGGAAGCAUCACGUAGUUCAGGCCUAAUUUUGAACAAACGACCUGGAGUACAUUACUUGUAUCAUGAUCGUUUCUUCAAGUGUGGUGAACGCAAUUUAGUUGCACGUGAAAUUUGGCCUUCAGAUGGUGGAUGCAUCGAAUUGGAUCACAGUGAAUUGAGACGCUUCAUUUUGAAUAAUGAAGCUAAAAAGUGUUACAUUAUUUAA